AAGUGGCUAUGCCUAUGAAUGGAGUAAACAGGAGUGAGUUAAGAUUUGUAUGUUCCACAAUUUGGGCUCUCUCCUCCACCCAACCACCCACUCUCCUCCAUGCGGCACACGGAUCUGUAGUAUCCUUCUAACUUGUUUUUAUCGGACCCUAUCAUGAACCAAUCAUCAAUUCUUAUACUUGUUUGGAAACCACUUGACUCUUAUCGGUAAUUUUAGCAUUUCAACUAUCUUUUCAUUACAUUAAUUUCCAAUUCAACUUUGGGAGAUUUUGACAUUUUCUUAAAUGUUUGGGAGCCCUCCAUUACAUCUCUCAACAUUCCCUACUUGCUUAUCUUCACCUUUGAUUAUUCUUCCCAGUAAUUCCUACCUUCCAUAUGGACCCCGGAGAAAGAUAAACAGGAUAACAGCUAUUUCUGCAGAUGCAGGGAAUGUUGAACCAUCCUCUCCUUCUGGAUCAAACAACCCUCUUUCACUUGUUUUCGACAUACCUCGUGCCAUUUGGAGGCAAACUACACGUCCAUUAACCGAUUUUGGGUUUGGUGGUAGGAGCAUUUGGGAAGGUGGCGUUGGUCUCUUUCUGGUUUCCGGUGCAGUUCUUUUUGCACUUAGUUUAGCAUGGUUGAAGGGUUUCCAAAUACGAUCCAGGUUCAACAAGUACACAGCAACAUUUGAGUUUUCUCAGGCUUCUGGUAUAUCUACUGGAACACCCGUGAGGAUCCGAGGGGUGACUAUUGGUGAUGUCGUUCGUAUCAAUCCUUCCUUAACAAGCAUUGAAGCAGUUGUUGAGAUUGAAGAUGAUAAAACAAUCAUACCACGUAAUUCAUUGGUUGAAGUUAACCAGUUAGGUCUUCUUAUGGAGACUAUAAUUGACAUUACUCCUCGACACCCCAUUCCAACACCUUCCGCUGGACCUCUUGACCAUGAAUGCCAUAAAGAAGGUCUCAUUGUGUGUGAUAGACAAAAGAUUAAGGGUUACCAAGGGGUAAUUUUGGAUGCAUUGGUUGGGAUAUUUACCCGUCUUGGCCGAGAUGUAGAGAAAAUUGGUAUUGCCGACACCUAUUCAUUGGCUGAAAGAGCUGCCUCUGUUAUUGAAGAAGCAAAACCACUUCUUACAAAGAUCAAAGCCAUGGCUGAAGAUCUUCAACCUUUGCUGGCUGAUGUCCGUGAUAGUGGUCUAUUGAAGGAAGUUAAGAAUUUAACUCGAAGCCUUACACAAGCCUCUGAUGAUUUGAGAAGGGCACAUUCAUCAAUUAUGACCCCAGAGAACACUGAACUGAUCCAAAAGUCCAUAUACACUCUCAUAUUUACCCUGAAAAAUAUUAAGAAUGUUAGCUCUGACAUUAUGGGCUUCACUGGUGAUGAAGCUACACGAAAGAAUUUGAAGCUACUAAUUAAGUCUCUCAGCAGGUUAUUGUGAAGUCAAAUUCCAAUCAUAAUAGGGCAUAAUACAAAUAGUUUAUUUCCAAUGUUUUUCAUCAAUCACAACAUUGAAGGGGGAACAGUAAUCUGUGGCUGUUAUAGUUGAUUCUAAGUUCUGGUAUUUCCUAUAGUUCUUGCACUUGCAUUGUGUCCUGAUAAAAAUGUAUCUUUCCCGAUUUUGAAUGAAGUGUAGAUGGCAGGUGAUUGCUCUGAGCAUAUCCUUGUUUUACUAUUUAA